AACGUUCAGUUGACGAACUAAAACCGAAUUGAACGGUCGCAUUCUCGUAAUCUUGUACUUGCCCACCGAGUGUAUCGUUCUUAAGGUCCAAGAGUGCAUCGAAGGUCGAGUUCCAUCGAUUGGGUUGAAAGCGUGUGCCUUGAAAAUUGGAAAAUUCACUCAGAAACUGCCAAACCAGCAAAAAUGCUUAAAUUUAUAAUUGUCUUGUGCAUUUUUUCCACGCUCAACUGCAGUCUGGCUGAGCAAACUUCACGUGAUAAGCGUCAGGCUGAAAAGCUACAUAUUACUCUACUGUAUGAGUCGCUUUGUCCGGACAGCAGAAACUUCAUGCGCCAAUUGGGUCCAGUGCAUGAGGAAUUGGGGGAGUACAUUGACAUUGCGUUGGUUCCAUUUGGAAAAUCGGCGUCCGAAGAGAAUGGCGCUUUGUUCCACUGCCAGCAUGGACCAGCUGAGUGCGAGGGCAAUCGUCUGCAGAGCUGUGUCAUCAGCAGCACAAACAAUCAAGCGAUUCAGGUGAAAUUCGUGGUUUGCCAAAUGUUUGCCUUGGAUUAUGCAAAUGCUGACAAGUGUACCAAUGAGGUGGGUCUCUUGACAGACGUCGAGCAUUGUAUGAAGACGCCAACGGGCACGAAAUUGCAGCUGGAGGCUGAGCAGAUCACAAAGCUUUACCGUCCCAGCUUUGUGCCCACCAUCGUCUACAAUCAUGUCUUCGAUCAGCAGCUGCAGGACAAGUCUCUGCGCAAUUUCCGGUCUACGGUUUGCUAUUUGCUGCGCCAACAAAUCUCUCUGCCCCCCACAGUGUGUCAAUAAGUCGUAAAAUGUACGAACUGUAUUAUUAGCAUGAGAAAAGUUUUUCAAACGAAACUUGAGAAUCAAUAAACCCUCAAAACAAAUUAAGAAACUCAAGAUGAAACUGAUUUGGAAACAGCAAAUAAAAAUAUUUUUGGACGAAUGAUUAUUAGUACUCAUUUAAUUUCUAGACUUUUUGCAGCAAUGAAAUAACAACGGAAACUUUAGACUGUUCGUUUGUUGUAUAUAUUUCCAAUAUGAUAAUAAUUUAUAUAAGUAGAUACAAUUCAUGGAUUACAUAUAGUACAUACUUUAUUUACAGAGUUCAUAUCAUAUAAAUUCGCUUCGGGGGGCAAGUGCAUGGGAGCCCGAUCAAAACAAAGAAAUUAGUGUGCAUUUUU